AUGCCGGCCAACACUGCCGAAUUUAUUCAAACACAAUGUAUCAGAGGAUGUCGUAAGGUUCGACCCUCGGACUACAUAUCAUACGUCUCUGGCGCUAAUCCUGAUAUUGUCAUCGCUCCUGGAGAUACACCCUUCACCCCUCCCCCAUAUUCACAAAAACGAAUAGAGAAAAGCAUAACUCGGUCCUUGAGCUGGCUCACUCAUCUCGCAACCGGCCUUGCUCCAAGGCCAAUAUUUGCUCCUCUGAUGGGCGGUAGCAACGCCAAUGCACGCGCAGCAUUCGCCCACAGUUUGGUAGAAUCACUAGAUCCAUCUGAUUGGCAAAAACUCAAUCCUGGGAGAAACAUCAACGAGAGAGCGCGCGGGAACGAUGAAGGGUCGAUCGUGGCCCCAACAACAGUUUCUGAGGUUACUGCUACGAUCCAUCCGAUCAUCGAACGUCUUGAUGAAACAUUGACAGGAUAUGUCCUCGAGAUUGCCCCUAUCCAAUCGGAGUUACGAGCCCAACUGGGGAAGCAAAAUGGCGUGGUCCCCCCUCCAUUGCCAACUACUGCCCCUUCGGCCCGGGCUCAUGCGUUUGCCACAAACGUUCUUGCCGCGCCUGACCCACUCGAAUCAGAUAUCCUAAAUUAUACCGAGGACAUAGAUGCUCGAUUGUCUGAACUCGUGCGGUCUUCCCUUGAUCAUUUGUCCUCACACAAACCUCGACUUGCACUUGGCCUCGCAUUGGCCUCGCCCCAUAUUAUGCUCGGAUUGAUCGAACAAGGUGUAGAUCUUAUCGAUUCAGCACUCGCAAUUCGGUGUGCCAGCGCAGGAGUUGCUCUGGACUUUGUAUUUCCCGUGGUUGGCGAACACUCUGGAGAGAAGCUGGACGUUGGUCACAACCUUUAUGAUACCCGCUACGAGCAGCAAUUCGUCGAGCUUUCUAGUGAAUUUACUGGCGCAUCGAACUUGAGUUCAUCCGAUAAGCCAACUUGCUACUGCUCCGCGUGCUCGCCCGUCUGGGACACGCAACCAGUAGAACAUAGCAAGAUUGAUGAAUUGGCCUUGGAAGGGGAGGGACCCCACUUUGCCCCGCCUUAUACUCGCGCGUACAUUCACCAUCUUUUGCACACGCACGAAAUGAGCGCGCACACGCUGCUUACUUUCCACAAUCUCGCAGUAGUGGAAGCUAUGAUGGCGGGCGCUCGUUCCACGAUUGAGAACGGAAAUUUUGAGAAGGAGUUACGAUUGUUUGAAGCAAGGUAUGAUGGUAGCAUGCAGGUACUUCGUGAUGCGGAGAAAGCAUGGAGGGGUGUAGAUCGGGCAAGGGGAAAGGGACGACUUGCGAGGGAAAAGGCAGAAAAGGCGCAAUACGCUUUAGAAGAAUAA